GCUCAUUGGCUACAAGUUGAAAAGUUGCGGAAUCCAUAGCAGGAUCUAUGGCUUCAUUUAAUCUAUGACGUUGCAUUCGUAGGUUUAGAGGCGGAAUUUCAAUUUGUAGUGUGGACCCACGUAAAAUAUUUUUGGUUCUCAGGAGAGUGCCACCCUGUGGUGGCAAGGGAAUUGAUGAGAUGAUGUCCAUCAAAUGAUGCUCUUCAUGUAGCUAGUUGCACGAGGCACAAAAAAAACCUGUAUGGCUGUGGCAACUUGUGUGAGGAAAUGUCGUCGCGCUUGCCCCGGGACGCAGCCGUGGGAUAAAGAAAAUUUAUGCAUGGCUCUGAUUUACCACAUCAGGAGUGCGACGCACCAGAGAGCAACAUCAAGAAGAGAAUAGCAACCAGGGUGGAAGCGCCACGUAAAAUGGACACGUGCGCGUGUGAGCGUGAGGUGCUGCUUUUAUUGAAAGAAAUCAGUGGCCAAGCACCACUGUGUGUGGGGCAAUUAUAAUUUACUACUCGAGUUGCAUCGGCUUCGCUCACUAAUGGCCGUGGAACCGCGAGUGACCGUGGGCCACUCCGGCUGAAGGCGAAACAUCACGACAAAACCUUGACGAAGGUCUGUGUCACUCAGGCAUCCUCAAUGGAUCGCCCAAGCCCUGGCCAUGCUGUGAAAAGGAUGCGCAUGACGUUUGUUUUGCUUUUGCGACCUCGACCACGCUGGUGGUCCUUCUUCUUCAUCCAGGACUGUACCGGGCUAGUUGAUCGAACGGCUGCUGGUGUGGCUCGCGAUGCCGCGCAGGAGGGUGAAACUACCACUGGGGCGAGUCAACAAACCGACCGGGAAAAAUUGGACGAAGAAGGUUUUUCGUCGUCGACCCCUCUCCCCACGCUCAGUUCCGAGAAUGCAUUGUCACGCUCUAGUGCCGCGAACUCGGAUGCACGGAUUGCCGGAUUGGCGACUGAUCCACACUCGCAAACGCAGGCGCAGCAGCAGCAUCUGACGCCUCCUAGACCGAGUCCUUCCGCCCCACCUAAACCCUCAAGAAACGCUGCAGGGGCAGACCCAAGUAAAAACUCAGGAACGUUGCGCGCAGUUACUUCCACGUCUCCGCGUACCACCGGCAAAAUCUCUGGCCCAAGUGCCAGCAGCAUGAUUGGAACGUCUACUGGUUCAUCUCUUUUCGUCGACGAGUUGGAGGGCGAAGACCAAUCGCAGACGACAGCUAGCACAGCGCUUCAACUCACUGUAUAUGGAGAGACAGAAGCAGUAGCAAAAUGCCAUGAAGCUGCUAAACCGUAUAGCUAUCGGAUCGUAAAAGGAUAUCGAGAUAUUCGCUUCGAAUCACUUCCGAAUUGGCAAGCGAACUUUGCUGUGCACAAUGUUCCGGAGUUAUUCCCAGUUGAGCUUCAAGCCGCGGGCGUCGCCGUCCGGCUACGCAAUACGUUUCGAAACGUACCUCUUCCAUCCGACGGAGCGGGUCCCGAUGCAGGCAACAACUACGGAACGUACUCCGCUAGACUAGCAUAUCGCAUUGAAAAAGUGGUCAUAGUCAUACUUUUCUUUGCCAGCUUUUACGAAUUUUUGAGAAAAAAGUGUGACGGGUGAAAAUCUAUGCUUUUGAGUGUGG